UUCACACAGAAACAGCGACAACCAUAGCUGAAAAAGUUGGCGUCAAACCAGAAUAAUUUAGUCUUCCGCGCACCUGACCAACAUGACAGCCAAGGCAAACGUAAAGGACAUCCAAUGGUCCCGUCAGCAGUAUUCCUUGAGAGAGGCCAUCAAGAGAUGUACUUUCCCUCAGAUUAUGAAGGUGGUAGAGGGGUAUGAGUCGUCCGAUGAGACAGAGACGUUGGCUCGAGGACAGAUUCUUCGUAUACAUCAAAUCCACACCCAGACCAGAGUCUUGGCAACGACAGACAAAAAAGGAAGAUGGCUAAGUAUUCCCCUCCGGUACGCCGAAGCAAGGUUCGAAGUCGUGUCGAGUGGAAAACGUUCGAAGGCCAUGUACAUGCGAGAGAUCAUCGACAAGUCACUACUGCCGCAGAAGGUCCAUUUCUUCACAGGAGACGAUCUCACCUUCCACCUUCAGCUCAAGAGCAACGUGCCGAACGCCAAGGAGAAGUUUGGCGCCCUCACUCUGCAGAAAAUGUACGAGACGGGAUAUCUCCAAGGCAACGCUAUUCAGAACGAUCACUUGGACACCAUGAUCCUCAACAUCCCUCUUCAUUCACCUGUAUCGGUGGUCCUAGCCGAGUCUUUCAUCGUCGGGUCUAGAGAGAGAUGGGAACGGUACCAGACUCUGCUUGAUAAAAUUGUUUCCAAGAAUGUCGUCUUUGAACUCCAUCCUGGCAAUCCACAUAUCACAUUUUUUACGGACAAAGGAUUGGAAUCUGCAAAUCAACAGGAGCAAUACGAAAAGAUCACUCCCUCGGGAACUCUCUUCAUCAUGACAAAAAAUGAACGGUUAAAACAGAACAAAGGUUCUGGGAGUAUGCUUUCUGGUCCAAGUGGUGCGAGGACAUUGUCCGCAGUGUUUGCAGGCAAGGCGCCCAAGGACCGCGAUAAUGCUUCAGUUCAAGCAGGAGAGAGGCAAGGAAGACCGGUCCUGCGACACGCACAGUCAGAUCUGAAUGAAGGUUCGUCUUUUAUUGCUAGCAGACCAAGGAUGCAAUCUCCUGGAAGGCCGUUGUCCAGUAAGGUCACGUCAGUUCAUGGUACAAUGCCAAGGUCCAUCUUGAAGAAGGAUUCUGCAGAUGAUCGGUUUCCACCCCCUCCUGCAGAGCUGCUGAUGAGCGUCAAUUCGGUUCACAACCCAAUGGCAUUCAAGCGUGACAACAGGCCACAGUCUCCCCCUGCACAACAGGGUGUGCGCGGGCGCACAUCCCACUCGCCUGGCCGCUUGGACGCCAGAGCGAAGAGUCCUAUAAGGGUUGACUACCCAAGGCCGGCGAAUACAAGUUCGUCACCCAGAGGUUCAGGGUCUAGCAUGAACAGCAUUGCAGACUCGGGGUACUCCACGGCUUCCAGUAAUGACCCCCGAGGUAGACCCGGUGGUAAAGAGUUCCUUGGCAAACUACCCGAUCCCGAUUAUGACGCUGAUCCAGUUGUGGCAAAUGGAAGAGGAGGGGAUUUCGUUGACCAUCCUAUGCAAUCAAGCCCCCUGCCUCCAGCACCACCUCCUCUAGGAACUAUACCUUCGAAGCAGAACAUCCCAAAUGGAGUACCUGCAGCGCCCCCUCCACCUGCACCUGCGGUACCUGGUGCACCUCCGCCACCUCCCAUUGGAUUUACUUCACCACCACAACCACCAAAAUAUGGCGAUGUGGCUAAGAUCAAGGCCAGCCAAUCCCCUUCACAAAGUCCAAGAAAUAAACCUCAGAUGAAUACAGGGAACUCCAGAGAUGAUAUGCUACAAGAGCUUAAAAUGAAAGCGGAGAGACGUGCAUCCAGGCUCGAGGGACUCGUGCCUUCCAAUAAGCCGCCAAGCUUCGGAAACAAGUCUUCCCCAAGAGGCAGCAUUUCAUCACCAAGAUUGAUAAACAACAAUAAUGAACCAAGCAAUGAACUGCAGGCUCGUCUAGCCAAACGUUUUUCACAGGCUGAAGGUGCCGGCUCGGAGCAGAAUAGCUUUACAAAGACGCCACCAACGCCAGCUGCCAAACCAACUUCCAGACUAACGAACUCGAAGACCACUCCUGUCACUUCAAAGUUUGGAGCAGCCCGAAACUCCCCAAAGACCGAUAGUGUCACGUUUGACUCAUUAGCUGGUGUCCCCAAGGACUUGAGUUCUCUCUCGGUCUCACAAGUCUGCCAGUGUCUUAAGCUGAUGAACCUUGAAAAAUACAGUGCGGCUUUCAAGAGUAAUUCUGUUGAUGGGCAAUUGAUGUUACAGCUCAACCAAGAAGCGUUAGUAGACAGUUUCAAACUCAACAACUGGGACGCAAAACGAGUCGAAUCGUUUAUCAAGGGAUGGAGGCCCAAGUAUUGAAAGAUCAAGAGGUUUUAAUCAUCACGCGCUCCUUAUGCAAAGUAAGAAGGGACUCAACUCAAUACAUGCCAGAGGCCAGUCGUCCCUAUGUGGUGAUAGUAUGCAAUUGUUAUCGAAUGUGACAAACAAUGUUGAUUAUAAAAUAGCUGUAUUAUUUCAAGCAUCGCGAUUGGUCAAUACGCGUCACAUGACAUCCAACUUUUUUUGUGCACUGCACGGUAGUGCAAAAGGUGUGCAACGAAAAUUGACAUUGCACGCUCGAGCAAACCAGUGCGGUAGAAGUCCAACAAAACUGUACUGUGACUUUUUAAAAAUUGUUCCUGUGUUGCUAUUUUAUAAAACAAAUAAUGCACUUGCUCUGUCGUGCGUAAAAGUAAAUGCAGAGAAAGCUCGGUUUCUUCAGAUGGAGCACACUGGGCACUCGCCGCAAGCGGCUCGUGCACAGCGCGACUCCUAUCUAAAGAAACCUCGCGUGCUCUGCAUUUCCACUAACGCACUCGGCUGCAUGCAUUAUUUGUAUACUAUAAUUAUGAUCUGACUGUUUGAUCGUGUGAACAAAAUACUGAAUUGUAUGAUACAUGCGCUAUCAUAUCUGACUUUAUUUGCACUCUUUUCAAAUUAGCUGAUGAUCAAACGGAUAAACGUCUCUGCUUGCUUGCUUACUUGCUUGCUUUGCAUGCAUGGCUGCUUUAUUGGUGAUAUCUACAUUAUACAUCAGCACUUUCGAACCAGAGACUUCCAUUACGCCAUACUGCAUUUUUUGUUGUUGCAUGAACUCUAUUCUUCCAACUCGUGUUACACAUGUUUAUAAACCUUGCCUAUUCAUGAAAAGGGUUGAAUGAGAUUUGAUCUGUAAACACUACUUCUUCGGGCCCGCGAAUCAUUUCGAUGACUGUGUAAUAUUAAUCUAUGUUACAAUUGAAUGCACUGAUUACUUUACUUUCUUUAAAUUUGUUUGAUUAUAGGCAGUGUUUUCACAGCCCUUUUCCCCCUCGAUUCUAAAUUAUAAAUCAGUUGUACGCAGUCACAAUCGACAUGUACAGGAAUUUCUUUCUGAAAUGUCUAAAAGAGAAAUGUAGCUCUUAUUGCACAUGAUUAUUUUGAUCGUAUAAUUGUGAUCGAGAAUUCGAAUAUUAUAGAGCUGAGGUAUGCCCAAUAAAAGAAUGAAUUUAUAUUUUGUUCCGUUUCCCCCAAAGUAUAUACUAAACUCUCAGUCGCAUUUCAGAUGAGAGGGCUGUCUCCCCCGCCCUCUUCAGCGACCAAUGAAUAUACAAAAAAAUUGCCGCGCCAAUUUCCAAUUCAUUCUACUUUUCUUAAAUUUGACGAAUUUUAUCAUACAUGAUUUAUUUUGGCAUUUGUUAAUGAAUAUAGAAGAGGUAUUAAGGAAAUGAGAUCCAUUAAAAUCCACUCUCCAUUUAUAAAUGUAAAGUAAAGUCCGAACGGAUAUUCUUUGGUACAUAUCCAAGUGUCAAAUUUUAGUAUAUUCUAUGUACAUCAAACCCGUCUUGAAUCGUACUCAAUUAGAAUAUUCUUUUAUAUUUUUAAAAAAUAUCCAUGUCAUUUAAAAAUUAUCAAUUUUAAUCUUCUUUUCGAAGGUAAAACCUUCACCCCAACCCCACCUCCCGAAAUCUUUCAACUGAUCUACAUGUAUUUAAUAUUCAAGAAUAUCGUAAGAUAUGUUUUUAUUUCAUCGAAAUAAAUUAAGUGGAGGUUGUCAGGCAUGGACUGUCUUUACGAUUCUCACUUCGAAACAACCGUUUUAUGAAUAAUUAUUAUUAAAUAAUAUGUUAAGCUACAUCUAUGGUUUACUAGUUAGAACGUCCCUUAAUAUAGUUAAAAUGACGAACCUAUGAUAUUUAAAAAUAUAUUUUAUGUUUUGAUGAUACAUGCACCAUAUGUUAUAAUUUCAUAGAAUUCUAUUUCGUAUUGAGGGAAUUAAUAUAUUUUUGAUAAAUAUAUCCUACUUUAUGCUUGCAAGAAAUGUAGUUUGUUAAUUCGUUCAUUUUCAGAUAUUUUUUGUUUUGUUUUUGCUAUACUGUAAAGAAAUUAAUGUUAAUAUUCAAACAACCAGAUGGAUAGUGUUACUCGCAGUACUAUAUUACCCGUCUUUAUUAGUAAAAUAUAUCUUAAUCACAGACAAGUCA